AUAAUAAACGUGGAAAAUUAACAAAAAAUUCGUUCGCCUGUUCGCCUUUCAAUCGAAAAAAUGUUCACUGCGUUAUUUUUGUGGUUGGUGAUUUGCGAGCUUUUUCUCACCAACGUGGACGCCACUCUAUGUGGCACAGACAGAGAGGCGCAAAUUUUCGAUUCCCGUACCCCAAUCAGUGAAAUUCAUUUUAACGUUCUCAAAUUGGGUUCGCAUGAAAAAACCGUAAAAGGUUCGCUUGAAAAUGUAUAUAAUAAAAUGGAUAUAGCAUUGAACAAGGGCGCCUUCUUGCUUACAAUGGUCAGCACCGUUGGUGGUUGUUUAUUUGGUAUUGUCAAUACAGCAAUGGACAAGUCGGGUAAAUUCAAUUCGGUUUUAGCAAAAUCUAUAGUGAACGCAGCAGAGAAACUGGACUUGGAAAAUAACAUCAAUCAUUUUAUGUCGACGAUGACACAUGUUGAUCGAUCACUUGCGCGAAUGGCACAAAAUCUAUCCAUACAUGAAGAUAGCGAAUUAGCUGAUAUAAGAAAUGAUCUAGAAACGCAAAUUGAAAAUUUCGAACGUAAAACUGGUGUUUUUAGAAAAUAUCCAGUUUUUUCAAUCAAUUCACUAUUUAUACUACAUGCUUAUGUGAUUGUCUUCGAUGCGCUCUUCAAAGCAAAGAAACCACAUUUGCCACAUUCACAAAUGGCAUGUGAUCUUAAACGAAUGCUCUACGAAUAUCGCACACUUACCGUUUAUCAUCGAUUAAAUUUGAUCAAUGUCUUGGAAACAUGGUGGGCUGUAGAAAAAGCGAAUAAAAUGAAAGCCAAGCAAGUUUCAAUUGUCGGUGCUUAUUCGUAUAAUUCCAAAGGCUACAGUGGAUCGAGUGUUAAAUCAAUUGCUUGCAAAAAGUUGGGAGAUAUGAAAGACAUUAAACCGACCAUGAUGUACAUUAAAGACGGCGAAAGUGCAUAUUAUGACAACAAUGACAAUAAGAACUUUGAGCAUUGCCUUUCCGACUACAUGAAGUACGCCAGACAUGAAGUUGAGCGACUCUUUGAUAAACCUCUUGCAUUAGCGAAUAAAGUAUGCUCCACUGAGAGCAAGGAGAGUGGAAUUGGAGCUAAAGGAUUUGAACAUGUGGACACCAAAAAACAUAUUCAAUUAGCACAAUAAAUGGUGUUUAAUUUGACCGUCAAAUUGACUGAAUCGUCUUCGAACUUAUAAUGGAAAUUCAAAAAAAUAUAUUACUUGUGCAAAUAUCAACAAAAUAAAACAAUUUUCAAAUGAA